UAAACGAAAGCUGGCCAGCGAAAGGGCUACAGUUUGUCAAACAGAGCCAACGAGAAGAGAGAGAGAGAGAGAGAGAGAGAGAGAGAGAGAGAGAGAGGGAUGGAGGGAGAAGAGGGUUCGACCGCUUCGGCCCUCCUCCGGCCAGCCUGGCCGCAUGCGCAGCCGCCCCGACCGAGCCGGCUCGCAGUCCUCCUCGGCCGCGCCGCCGGCCGCAGGGGCCCCUCGAUGCUCGUCCGGGAGACGGCGGCUCUCCAGCUGGAGGAGCGCCGCGCCGAUUGGGCCUACUCGCGGCCCGUGGUGGCGCUCGACAUCGGCUGGAACCUAGCCUUCGCGGCCGUGUCCGUUGCCGUGCUUGGGGCCACCACCCGGGAGCGGCCCAACACCCCUCUCCGCGUUUGGGUCGCAGGGUACGCUCUGCAGUGCGUGGUCCACGUGCUGCUGGUCUGGGCGGAGUACCGGCGGCGGCGGCGGCGGAGCCGCAACGGGAGGCAGGAUGUUGACGAGGGCGGACAGGGCGUUAGGGAGAGGGUGCCAUCGGACUCCGAUGCCGUGGACAGCGAGGAGGACGGGGAGGAAGGCGGGACUGGAAGCGCACAGAGGGGCAUUGCAAAACGAUGUGAAUCUCUUAAUACCAUGGUAUCUUUCCUGUGGUGGAUUAUUGGCUUUUAUUGGGUUGUCUCUGGUGGUGAAACUCUUUUACAGAAUGCCCCUAGGCUAUACUGGUUAACUGUGGUUUUCCUUACAUUUGAUGUAUUCUUUGCCAUCUUUUGUGUCGCUUUGGCCUGUGUUAUUGGGAUUGCACUCUGCUGCUGCUUGCCUUGUAUUAUUGCGAUUUUGUAUGCUCUGGCAGGCCAGGAAGGUGCCUCAGAUGCAGAUAUCAGCAUCCUUCCAAGAUACAGAUAUGUUGAGUCAUGUGAAAAUGAGCAAAAGACACCUGAGGAGGGAGUGAUGAUUCCUAUUCUAAAUAAUGGUGGAAUUUCAACAAGUGAGCGUGUUCUUCUGCGGGAGGAUGCGGAGUGUUGUAUUUGCCUCACAUCAUACGAAGAUGGGGUGGAACUCCAUGCACUGCCAUGCAACCAUCACUUCCAUUCCUCAUGCAUAGUCAAAUGGCUUCGGAUCCAUGCCAACUGCCCGCUCUGCAAGUACAACAUUCUCAAGGGAAGUGAUAUAGUGUGAAGAUCAAUAAUCCACAUGAAUCUCUUCAUUUUUCUUUCCAUGUUGUAUAUAAGAAUACAGAAAGUUAAGUAGUUGCAACCUUCCCACAAUGCGCUGGUUGGAGCAGCUGUUUACUUGCUCUCGAUAGGCUUCGCACACUCCCCACACUGUGAGCUAAAAAGUUUCUUGAUGUGUUUUCUGGCAUCAAAUCUGGUGGAGCUGCUUUCAUCUCGAACACCAAAUCUCGUAUAAAUGUGUGGCUUGUUGUUCCUUUUUAAGAAAUGUUGGUCUAACAGCUGAUCUCAUGUUUCUGUUGCUUGAGUUCAAAAAAUCGGUAUGUGCUUGCUAGCUAUAGUUUAAAGGAUUAAGCAGUUGUUAUUACUGUCUGUAACUGUUGUCAUAUGAAAUGUUUGUGGGAACAAAUAGAAACGACUCAUUAUAUAUUGAGCAAGCUUUGAACUUGGAGAA